UCUGUAGCGAUGUUCCUGUGCUUCGAGGUGACCGGGGUGACCACCCUGUCGUGCGAAACAUUACAUUGUGUACGUCGGGCGAGUCUGUGGCGCUAUGUUAUUCCAUCUAAUCAAUGGUGCAUUCACGGCGCUGCGCGCCUUCGCUAUCAGCGGUCGUUCCGUGGCGCUUGCGUCCGCGAUACUUCUAUGGUCUCUCCCAGUGGUCGCAACGGAGGUCUACGAGCUCGUCCUAUCGGUUCCGGUCGACGUACAAUGGCCCAUCGGCUGCGUCAUCUCUUUCACAGGCAACCAGAAGCUCGAGAGUCCAUUGUUCAUCGCUGGACAGGCGACCGCCAUUGUGCCUGAGGUGCUCAUGAUCGCAGCCAUCUGGCAUCAUGCAUUCCGGGUGACGACCGCUGACGGUGUUCGUCAAGCUCGGUUCAAUCCGCCCUUUACAACGAUAUUGAUCAGAGAUGGCAGCGUAUAUUUUGUGGCAAGUUUCGUCAUCAUCGUGUUGAAUGUUGCGUCGAGCGCGAUCACUGCAAUCAACACGGGAAUCCUGGCGCCGAUCGUCUACUCACUACAGGUCAUCCUGCUUUCGCAUUUCUACCUCAAUUUACAUGAGGCGAACGCGCAUCAACUAGGCAUACCAUCCAAUGCGUCACAGAUGUCCGAUCUCUGGUUCACGCGUCUGCUAGGAACUCUCGCAGGGUCACUGGCAUAUGACGUGCCAGGUCAUUCCAAAGUGGAGGCGGAGGACGACGCGGCCGUGGACGUGGAUUUGCAGAUCGCUAGGAUUCUCGACACAGACAGCGAUUCAUUCCUGACGGUCGUUGCGAGUGGCAGUGGACACCAUUCGUCCGGUAGCUUCGCCCUUUCGCCCCACUCUGAGGUUGCGCUCGUAUGAAGAUGACAGCAAUACAUGAAGACGACAGUAAUUCAUGGCUCUGUAUAGUUGUAGAUACCAUAUGCUCGAUAUAACCUCUGACUACCUGUUAUGGG